AUGGCGCUCGUUCUCUUCUCUUGUGCCGCUGCAUCAUGGGCACAGACACCAACCCUCCCUCCUUAUCUACAGACUGCGUCGGCAGCGUACACCGGUCAACCGUACUUUCCCAGCUACCUGUUUGCGGAAUACUGGCCGGGCUUCGAGCCUACACAGAUCACGGUUCAGCCUCAACCCAAGAUCACAGAUCCGAUCAGCGGAGUGGUCUAUCCUCUGGAGUUGACGGAUCCGGCUACCAUCCCAGACUCUGAUACUACCGACCCCUAUGUCCUUCCUCCAUCUCUGUUGACCGCUGCCGUUACUGGACCUCUGCUCCCUUCGACAAAAUUGUCAACGCCUGGCUCGCUUGCACUCGCGUCGCAAGCUCUCCAGAAUAUUGUUGAAAUUAUUACCAGCCCCAACAUCAACGAGACUUGUGGAAAGUGCUUAGCCGCCUUUGGCGUUGGGAAGGCUCUAGCCAACACUGCACCAUGGGAGGUUCCAGGUGUCAUGAUUAGUCUUUGCAAUAUGUUCGGGUAUGCUAGCUACGGAACGUGCGCGGAGAAUUUCGACAUUAAUAGCGAUGGGGAUAUUGCGACCCAAGUCUUAGCACUGGCCGACCCCGCUGCACUCGCUUAUUCUAACAGUACUUUCCUAGUCUUCUUGCCCUCUCCCAGCGCAAAUGAGCUUGAUAUGACAAGUUACUUCGCGUCGCCGAAACCAGCCAAUAGCGUGGCACCGCCGCCAAGCGGCGAGCACAUUCGUGUGUUGCAUCUGUCCGAUUUCCACCUCGACCCUCGGUACUCAACAUACUCGGAAGCGGACUGUUCACAAUACCUUUGUUGCCGCUCCUACAGCUCGAACAUCGCAAGUCCUAACAGCACAAUACUACCUGCGGCGAGAUAUGGUGCUUACUAUUGCCAUACCCCUUAUGAUCUUGCUGGUGCCGCAAUCGAGGCUAUUCCUAUACUUGCCUGUGCCGGGCCUACUGGAAGAGAAUUCGACUUUGCCAUCUUCACUGGUGAUCUUGUUUCGCAUGAGAAUGACAACCAAUUGAGUCACGCGUACGUUGACUAUAACAUGAUCAAGUAUGCGAUCGGUUAUGCGCCCCUCUAUCCGACUCUUGGCAACCAUGACUCAUGGCCACAAGCUUACAAUUCGCCUCUGACGCUUCAGCCCACAUAUCUGGCUAACCAGUUCUCGUGGAAUUACGAGCACAUUGCUGCCCUCUGGGCUGAAGCUGGCUGGGUCGACAGCGCAGCAUACGAAUACGCCAGUGUCCACUAUGGCGGCUAUGCGUAUACCACUUGGAGAGGGCUGAAGAUAAUCUCCUUCAACACCGACUUCUGGAGCAAGUGGUUCCGAUUGACACCGCAAUGA